GCAUCCUUCCACCGCAGGGAUCAACAUCGCUAUAGUCACUUGCUUGCUUAUUGUUGAGUGUGAGGGGAAGCAGGCGUCCGGCAAUGGCGAACAAUCUUUCCCCUGGGUUUUUGCUCCCUCCGAUUCGCUUUGCAUUCCAGCGGCGUCCCGCGCAGGCAUCCCCAAUCGCGAUUCUGCUUGAGAAGACGCUAACCCUUCGCCCCUCGAUCACCAGUACCGUCUCACCAGACGCUCUCGCAAGAGUUGGUCUACCCAGAGUCCAUCAGAGCCUUUUCGUCCUUCCUAGCUCUACAAGCUCUACCCACCAAACAAUGGACUCGUUCACCACCAUCCCUUCCACUCCCGCCGUCGAAGACUCCACCAUCGGUGCCUCUGUCCCCGUUGACGAGGAAGCGAGUGGAAACAACGGCGGUUUCUGCUACUGCGUCAUCGCAUGAUGUUGCCAUUCUACACCAUCUUAGUUGACAUUGCCAUCUCCUCUUCGUUCUUCCACGACUGGCGUGGACUCGGCCGAGCCGUCGCUGUCCGUCAUGAUUCCUGAUUUGUCAUGACCUUAUCAUUCGGGUUUAUGUCUCGUUCUCUUUGGACUCUGACAUGUCUUCUGUGUACUUUUUUGCUCUUCGGUUUCGUUGAUUAGUCUCAUAUUCCGCUCUGUUGAGCCUAAGUUAUCCGCUUUCGAUAUACGCCUACCCUCCUUGUUUGUUUGUUUUCUUUUCUAUCCAUGUAGUCAUUGUCCCUCACCCGCAUAUGUACUGAAUAUGACGUGCACGCACUAGUAGAUCUAGAUUCAUCUCAUUGGCGUUGUGACGCAACAACU